AUGAAGAUGGAGAUUGCCGGGGUUAACUGGCUGCUUGCAGCUGCAGGGUUUCUUCUGUGGACCAGUGGCGUCUCUGCUGCACCCAUGGAGUGCCACUUCAACUCCAAAGCACUGUGUGUGUUUGAGGGGAGACACUACUCACUGGGUGAAACCUGGAUGGACAACACUUGUAUGCAGUGCACCUGUCUGCACCCCGUCGGUGUCGGUUGCUGUGAGACGGUACAUCGGCCGGUGGAUUUCCCUGCGUGGUGUGAGGUUCGGGUGGAGCCAGUGACCUGCAAAGUGUCUCUGGUGCAGGCAGCCGAUCCCCGCCUGCCCUGCUCCCCAGGUGCGAACUUCAUUGACCCCAGCCAUGGAUCACUUCAGCUGCAGCAACAGCUCGAGGGGUAG